AUGGCUUUGUUGCCAAGCUCUUCUUUAUAUGAUAACCUCAAUAUUUACGGACGUCAAAUUCGUCUACUUGACAUUUGUUCUACAGAGCCAGACACAGAAUGCCGCCUGGAAGUGGUAGAUUUGGAUCAGUCACUGCAUUUCCAUGCGCUUUCUUAUGAAUGGGGUAACCCUGGAGUCACCGAGGCCAUUACUGUCAAUGGCCACUCCAUACAAGUCACGCGAAACCUAGCAAACGCCCUAAGAUACGCCCCCAUGCAUAUAGAGUCUACUGAAGGAAGACUGAGAAUUUGGGCAGAUGCGAUAUGCAUCAAUCAGAAGAGUGAAGAAGAAAAGAACCACCAAGUUCCUUUGAUGGGCGACAUAUAUUCUCUGGCCGAUGUCGUACUCUGCUGGCUAGGGUUGCCCUCUGAAACAGUUAUGCGAGGAAUGGAAGCCGUCCAGACCAUAGCCUAUAACCGCAGUAUUCAUGGGGCUGACCGCAAGGACCCUCUACUGGACGCCACACUUUGCCAGGUGGCAGAUUCUCUCAAUACAGAACUUGACAUGCUUGGCUCUGUCGUCGACGAAGCUACAAAUGAGUUGGAGGCUGUGAAUACAAGCGACGCGAGUAUUCUGUUUGAGAUACUAGCCCGAUCGUGGAAUGCAUGGCCGACAAAAUGCAUACAUGAUGCAAGCGAUGGCAUUGCUGGCGUACUGAGAACUCCGGGACGCAUAAGGUCUGAUCAUUUGUCAUGGUCUUCAAAAUUGAGGCUCUUGUCCCUGAAGAUCGAAACGUUCCACGAGUACCUUUGUGCAAUGUAUCUACGCAUAAUUGACGAAACAGAGGAAUAUCUGCCUCUUAUUACUGGAGAACUUGCCGCCCGUCUGACGCGAACUCUACGGGACAUCAUCACGAAGAUAGAUGAGUCAGAGGGUGCGGUUCCACGAUUUCAAGACCUUACAGAGAGGCUAGAGAAGGAAGUUCUAUCGGUUCGAAAUACCGCGAAUUUUCAAUGGUUACAAGAUCAUACAUUCCUCUAUCAGGAAAUUCCAGGUACCGUUUGGACUGAGACUGGCACAUAUUUCACGGUGAGGAUGUUGACUGAAUCAUACUGGUUGCGAGUAUGGACUUUCCAGGAGAUGGUUCUUGCCAGUCGACCUAUAUUUGCCUGUGGGGACCGCUCCAUGUCUUGGUCGUCUCUCCAUUCAGUUCUUUGCUGGGCCUAUAGGCUGCUCAACGCCGUUCCUGAACAGCGGCCACAUUUUGUGCUGCAAGAGCAAUGGAGCUUUCUAAAACGUCUCUAUAAGCAUUAUCUUGGUCAUCUGAGACAGUUGGCUUCAAGCAGAGCAAAGGUGAGGGGCCUAGAAAUAUUGGAUGAUACAAUGGGCAUCUCAGUAAGAGGAAACAUAAACAUGAAAGCCACUCACAACUGGGGGCACUCAAGUGCGCUCAGAGCUACAAACCCCAAAGACCAUUUUUAUGGCUUCCUUGGUAUCUGCCCUCUUGGCCUUGUGCCUGACUAUCGGCAAUCUAAGUCAAUUGGCCACGUAUGCGUCGACUUCCUGACAGAGUAUUUGAAAGCGCAUCGGCAAGGAUCUGGCCACGUCGAACUUGAAAGAGGAGAGCUAAUUCCUCUAACCGAUGCGGGUAUUGGGCAUGGAUGGUUUAUGUACCCUGAUACUCCAUCCUGGGCCCCCAACUAUCCAGGGAUGACCCAUUUGGAGGACUUUGACAAGGUUGGGCAUCCAAUCCGAACGUUCCCGCAAAACGGGCGAGACUUGGAUGAGAUAUUUGGUGGAAUGCAAAAAGCUGAAAUCAUAGGAAGCAAAUUACUGGUGCCCGUACUUCCAAAGAAGCGGUACAUGCCGUAUCGUGGACGAUGGAAUAUAUAA